AUGGCUUCAGCAUCUAGUAUUAGCAAGGCAAUAAAUACCAUGACCACCACAAAGAAAACACUACUCCAUAAGCUCGCCGCUUCUAAAGUCAAUUUUUAUCGCCAUUCCCUGAAGCCUAUUCUUCAAGCCGUCUACGCCCUCUAUCAAAUUGGAUACCUGAAACCGGGGAUGCUUCUUGAUCCGGUUCUCGUCAAUACCAUUGCGGGAUGGUAUAAGAUGAGUGCAGCAGAAUUACGCGAAACGGUUCGGAAUGAAGAAUUGAUUCGUGAUAGUGAGGGAUUGACCAGAAUGGAUUGUAUCAAUCUGCUUCUACAAGAUGUUACUUGGAUAUGGAGUGGUAAGGAUGAAGAAAAUGGCUCUGACAAUCUUUCAAUGCGCAGAUCUGUUUUGAAGAUUUCUGCUGCCGUCAAAUUGAAUUCUCAAGUCAUCGAUUUACUUCUUAGUUCAGUUUAUGCCGAUGCUAUACUACGAAAUCAUGAUGAGAUACAUUUCCCUGGCUCUCCCCAAUCGAUCCCUCUCGACGACUUCACGGAGGGAUUCCCCCAAAGUUUUGCAAUUAUGAGAUCUACGCGAGAAAUAGCAGGGACUUUAAAAAAAGCACCCGAGUGCUUGAAACUCGUAAAGGAUCUCUCUGAAAACUACGGAGGAUACUUGAUCCCAGCGAAUGGUAAGUUAAGGAUAUCCGGAUUUCCAGACUCCGUCUGUCAGUUUGUGGUUGUUCAAGCACCGAAGCAGUCUUCUGAUGCAUCCCAAAACCCCAACGAUGAGAAAACAGGACCGAUGGUGCUUUUUCAUGGCACGAGCCUGGCAUAUCUACCAAGUAUCCUUUUGAAUGGCCUAGAAGCAAAAAGCGAAGAGCUUUAUGGUAAAGUUUCUACUCUCUUCAUGGCAGAGGAGCCUGCGAGUUCCUACUAUUAUGUGGGACACCGAGCCAUUGACUCAUUGUGGAAACCAGAUCUUUACUCGUACUGCGGAAUACUAUUAGCUUGUGAGCUUCCACAAACGAGAAACCCAGAAUGGGAUUAUGAAACACAUCCUGACGGCGACGUCAAGAUUGGUAGACCCCAACCCAUUCAUAUUUUCGGCCCCGAAGAUACCAAGUUCAUCAAAGUAAGAUAUGUGUUCAUUCUUCCAGAUGAUGUUUCCAGUGAUUACCCAUUGGCUACUACACUUUCGACCAUGAACCCUUUGAUGUUGAAAGCUUUCAAGUCGAAAAUCUUCCAAAAGAUCUAA